AUGGCCGGCCUGGAAAAGGCGCUCUUCAACCUGAAGUUCACAGCUAAGCAACUGAAUCGACAAGCGGCGAAAGCGAGCAAAGAUGAGCAGACCGAGAAGGCGAAGCUGAAGAAGGCGAUCCAACAGAACCACUCCGACAUUGCAAAGAUCUACGCCCAGAAUGCGAUACGAAAGAAGAACGAAAACCUAAACUUGCUGCGGCUGGCAUCACGAAUAGAUGCGGUCAGCUCGAAGGUGCAGACAGCGGUCACGAUGCGGCAGGUGACGGGGAGUAUGGCGAAUGUAGUGAAAGGGAUGGACAGUGCGAUGAAGAGCAUGGAUCUUGAAAAGAUAUCGGCAGUCAUGGACCGAUUCGAGACACAGUUUGAAGACCUGGACGUGGCAACAGGCUACUACGAAAACGCCACAUCCUCCGCGACAGCCGUGGGCACACCUCAAGAAGACGUGGACAAGCUGAUGGGGCAAGUGGCCGACGAGGCGGGCGUGGAGCUGUCGCAAGAGAUGCAGGGAGCAACGCCUGCGAAUGACAUCAGGGCGCAACCGGAGGAGGAGAGGGAGGACAAGCUGGGCGAGAGAUUGCGUGCUUUGAGGAGUUGA